AAUCUUUAAGAACAUUAUUCAAAAUAGAUGGCGGAAUAUUGCACUGCGAUGUUAACUCAUUAUCAGUCGAAAGUGCAAACUUAGUUAAAUUAUGGGCAACAUUGUUAUAACAACACAAAAUUAGAGUUGCACUUGAAAUGAGAGAUGAUGAGUUUCUAAUGUUAACUAAAACAAUUUCCAAUAUAUAUUAGAUGAGUUACUAAAACAUGUAUUAGCUUGUAAAGGAUUAGUUUACGAGUCAAUAGUACUGCGAUGAUGAGUUUAUUAUGGGCAACAUUGUUACAACAACACAAUAUAUGAAUUAGAGUUGCACUUGAAAUGAGAGAUGAAGAGUUUCUAAUAUUAGAGUUGCACUAAAACAUGUAUAGACUAAAGAGCUGACCUAGUCUACGAGUCAAUAGUAUUGAUUGAAAGGCUUCCAAUUUGAAACCUUUCAACAUGCACAACAUGACUUUGUUUUAUAUAAAAUCCCUAGCCUUAUUUAUAGGCAGAAUGGUGUUAGGGCUUGUAAACUACAACCUAAAAUUACAUUUGGAAGCAUGAUUAACUAACUAAUGUGGUCAUUUACCAUAGAUAAAUGCACAAGUUUGAGUGAACUACAUGGUGAGUUGGAUCAACUUUGCUUAUCACACAUACUAUCCACCCUUCAUUCUUCAGAAUUUAUGCUUUCUGAUGUACUGUGGAAGAUCAUGUUCCUUGGGAAAGUGGUGAUAGUGUGGUAGCACACCACUAGUUCCCAAGAUUGAUUAUUUCACACUAUCAGUUGUACAUAAGGGGAGAUAUGUUCCGAGAUAUCUACCCAAUCUAUCAGAGGUAGGCACAUGUGCCAUACGAAUGGUCCCCAACUCUUGCAACAUUAUAAUCUUUGUACCUUUGUAGAGCAAUCAAGAGCUCUUCAUAAAGGACUUCCGCAUGAAGGUAUCAUUGCUUGGGCUUCCAAGCGAAUGAUGAAGCUUCAACAUCUAUGUACUACUCGGGUAAACAAGUAGCACAUAGUGAACAAAUACCUUCUCCGGAGUUGCUACGUGUCACUCUCACGUGCAAUAUCAAAUAAAAAAUGUGAGUAACAUUGUCAUAAACAACCUUAAAAGCAAAUUUAAGUACCUUCACUCUCUCUCUCUCAAGUUGUUUACAGUGCUUUGGUAAAUUUUAAUAUAUAAAAGAUAUUUUUUUUUGAUAAGUCAUAGAUUGUUAAAUUAUUUUAAAAUUGUGUUAUAAUUUAGAAAAGUAAGUCACGUUUUAAAUGACCUUAAAUUACUUCAAGGGAAUCAUAAGAUAGUAUUUAAAAAACCACAAUAAAUUCCCUCAAAACAAAAUCCAAACCAAUGAAAAAGAAAAAAAAUUAGUCUUCGAACUUCUACAUUUGUUCUGUGGGCUAAGCUGGCAAAAACUGUCCGCAUUGUUUUUAAGGAAACAAAAAGGUGGCAUUUAAAAAUCCACAAUAACUCUCCUUGGAGGUAUAAUAACCUAAAACAAUAGAAACAAAUUUAUUCUUUGAACUUCCUUAUUUAUUCUGCAAGCUGAGCUGGAAAUAUUAUCUGCAUUUGUAUAACGUCCGUUAAGAGAAACAAAAUAUAACUUAACAAAUUUAACCUUUAUCAAAUAGAAAUGUAGAAUUUGACAAAAUAAAUAUUUUCUUCUAAACAAUAAAAGGGUUAAUACCAUUUGAAUUUUGUGUUUUGUAAAAGUUACCGAUUGGAUUCUCUAUUUUGUUAAAUAAUAAAAUAGAUCUUGUAUUUUCUCAAAUAAUACAAAUAGGACUCAUAGCUCAAUUUUUUCAGUUUUUUUAAUAUGACUAACUUGAAGAUAUUUUCUAGUACAAACAGAUGUAGAAAACUUAAUCAAUUUUGUCAUAACUCUUAUAUAUCAAGUUAUUAUUAAGUUUUAUUUUAUAAGAAAAUCAAUUCAGAGUAGUAUUCGGUACUGUUUUAAAAAAUACAAGGUCCAAUUUAUAGUGGAUUCAAAUUGAUAUUUACCCAAUAUAAAAUCAAUCUUAUUAAUUUAAUAAAAUAAUAUAACAAUAAAAAAUGUAAUUUUAGUGUAACUUUUAGUGUUUUGAUUGAAAUAAAGGUUAAGUAAAUACAUAGAAUAACACACACUAAAAAAGAAAAAAAACACAUAAACUGCCAAAAAUAUCGAAAAUAUACUAACAAUGUUUGACUUGAGAGAGUGAGAGAGUGAAUGGUGAGAAGGAGGAAUAGUGAUAUGUUUCCAAACUCGUUCACUCACUCACUCACUCACUCACUCACUCCAUUUCAUUUCUUCAUUAGCUACCGUUUCAUUCAUUCAUGUUUCAUAUAUGAUGAUAUAUUAUAACUCACAUUUAUGUUUCUUAAUAACUCUCUUCCUUUUUCUCCUCCUAUAAAGGAAGAGCUUUGGCCUUUGAGGAGUUUCGAGUUGGAUUCGUUAUGAACUCAACCGAAAGUGAAGAAGGAAACAUGUCAAGAAAUGGCACAUCAUUGAACUUGGACCUUAACAAUUUUCCUCCUAGUGAGGAAAUUCAAGACCAAGGAAAUGGUCAUUUUCAAUCUCAAGAACAACAAGCUCCUACCACCAAUGGUGUUGUUGUGGCUAGUACUGAAAAUGUUGUAAUCCUUUCGCCAUCGAAAUAUCGAGAGACAUAUUUUCGGAGAAGGCGUAAUGGAGUGGAAAUUCCUAGGACAGCAUAUGAAAUUUCACAACUUAGUAGUCGGAUUUAUCCAAAUGAUCCUAGAUGUUUCAGAAUGGAGGUUGGCCAGAACAUUGAAGAAUUCAACAAAACUCAGAAUGUUGCAACUGACAUUCCCGUGGCUCCACCAUCGCCCCAAACUAUCCCCGCGGUGGUUUCACCUUCCUUCAUUUGCGGGAUUUGCAUGGACCAACUAACCGAAGAAACUUCAACAAAAUGUGGCCACAUUUUCUGCAAGAUAUGCAUCGAAACAGCAAUUGCUACUCAAAAGAAAUGUCCAACAUGUCGCCAAAAACUCAAGAAGCGAGACACCAUUCGGGUUUACCUUCCAACUUCGAGUUAGAUUAAGAAAAGAAGAAAACAAAUUAUGUCUUCUAAGAAAUAAGUUAGACUAAAUAGGUUAAGUGAAGAUGAUUUUUGUUACAAAAUUUCAGCAUUUUGUAUUGUUGGACUACAAAAGUAUUUCUAUUUUGGUAUUUGGUUCAAAUGAGCAACUACCAAAAUGCUCUAAUUCAACUGUCAAGAUGGCUUUUGAGCCUUUUAUCAUUGAUUUUUAGUUCUUCA